AUGGAUCCUUCCCAACAAUCCCAGGCGAAUACCUUUAGGGAAUACCUACCAGAUUUAAGCCAGGAGCGGUUCUGUACAAUGCAGGUGCAGGAUGCACACGAGUAUGUGAAAGAAUUUCAGGAGAAAGGUCAGCCUCCAUGGCUGCAUGGUCUCUAUGUGCAUUGGCGAAAUCUGUUCCAAGAGACCUAUCACGGCAUCACGGUCGACGGGAAGGUGAGAGAUGGUCUGUUCCAGGUCCAGGAUGAGGGCGUCCCGGUGAAGCAAAUCGUCCAGAUGGCGGACACAGCGCUAGGUCUUAUGAGUGCUGAACAAAAGUCACAGACCAGUCAUCAUAUAGACUCUCCCGAGUGGAGGUCGUGGUCCAAUCCUGAAUUUCUAUUGAGUGACAAAGGGAUAAGGCUCGAUGAAAUAUCCCUUGAACUCCGAGAAAGUGUGCUGGCAAUACUCGAGAGCACCUUGUCGCCCGAAGGAUAUCAAAAAGCCAUCGGCGCCAUGCGCAUUAAUCACUUCCUGGGCCAAUUAGUCAAGGCUCCUGCGAUAAUGAACGAGUUCUCGUACAAUUUUGUUCUAUUCGGCCAACCCUCCGCCGAGAAACCAUGGGGAUUCUCCUUUUACGGGCAUCAUCUCUGUCUCAACAUUCUGCUUCACAAGUCGCAGAUUGUUAUAGCGCCUUGGUUCACAGGUGCUGAACCCAACGUUAUAGACGAUGGUCCUUACAAGGGCACGCGCAUCUUGGAGACCGAAGAGGCACUCGGCUUGAAACUCAUGCAAUCACUAGCCCCUGAGGCCCAGAAGGAAGCCCGUACAUACGAGCAAUUGAAAGACCCUGCAAUGCCACAUGGGCGCUGGAACCAUGAUGAUCAACGACAUCUUUGUGGUGCAUACCGCGAUAACCGAAUUGUGCCUUAUGAGGGCAUCCUUGUGUCCGAUAUGAAUACUACGCAACAACAGCUUGUUGGAGAGAUAUGUGAGCAAUACAUGCUCUAUCUUCCACAACCGGCCCGACAGAUACAACUAGAUCAGAUCCGAAGCUGGUUCCAUGAGACAUACUGGUCUUGGAUUGGUGGUUUCGGCAGUGAAGACCCAUUCUACUUCCGCAUCCAGAGUCCAGUAGUGAUUAUCGAGUUUGAUCACCACUCUGGUGUAUUUUUGAACAACAAAGAGCCUGCUAAAUUCCACAUCCAUACUCUCUUAAGGAGGCCGAACAGGGGCGAUUAUGGAGUAGCACUACGGAGCUUGGUACCGCGUUUGGAGCAAGAUUUCGUAUGGGAAGCAUCGGACGACUGUUGA